CCAUGUGAGAGAAGUGAAGAUAGUAAAAUCAAAGGCUCAGCCGAAAGAUAAGAAAUCUCUGGUUUUCUCAAAAUGUGAAUCGGAGGAGAGAAAAAGAAAAUGGAAUCAAGUAAAACCUAAGUAUGAUGCUUCAGGUGGCAAAAGGAUCGAAGGUUGUGCAAGUGGUAAUGAAUCGAAAAUUCUAUCUUCUCUUGAUGACGCUUGGGAUCUGACUGUGGAAGAUCUGAUCGCAAUUGCUGAAGAGGUAGAAUUUCCGUCCUCAAAAGAAAAUUAUGUUAGAGGUUAUAACAAUAUGGGAAUACAGAGAUUAUCAAGCAAAGAAUCCGAAUUGAUCAGGGAAUCUACGGCUCCAGGAAAUCAAUUGGGAGAUUAUAAUACCCUUGCUUUAGGUUCAUCUGUUCGUGAAAGAACUUUUGAUUCUGCUUUGAGUUUAACCAGUGAACAAAAGGUUGCGGCUGCUAGUGGAAAGGGGGAUCCUACCCAAGACAUGUUGGAUCUGUUUCUAGGUCCCUUACUAAAGAAACCUGUGCAGGAGAAGAGGACUGAAUUUAUUAAAAAUGAUAAGGAGAAAGAGUUUCAAUUUAGGAAAUCAAGACAAGAUGAUGUUGGGGAAGAAAUUGUUCCGUUGCAAAAAAAAGAAGAGCAGUCUCAGAGAGAAUAUGUCGCCGUUGCUUGACUAAGAUUCUUUUGAUAUGCUAAAGACUAGCGCACACUGCGAAGUUAAGUAUAGAGUCCGUUGUGUUCCGUUGUACGUGCUUGUAAUUGCUUAGUUAGGCUCCUAAAUGCAUCAUUGCUGCAGCUAAUAAUCCUUAUUCAAUUUCUUCU